UUACCCUUUUAUUUUGACUGUUGCUAAAGGAAACAUUUGCACUAAAUCUGAUUGUCUUGACGCAGCACCACCCAACACAUAUAAACUGGUUUUCUCAUCUGCAAGCAUUGAUUGAGCAAGUAGUUAUAUGAAAGGGAAGUAAACAACUUCAGUAAUAUAAUAAUAAUAAUAAUGCUCAUAACAAUAAUAAUAAUAAUGCAUGAUAAUGAUGAUAAUAACAAUAUGCCAAAAUUCAGUUUAGUCCUAACAACUUUCCAAAUCCCAUACACACUGGUAAGGAUUUAUAGGCUAUUGCUCAAGGUUUCCUUGCACUUGUCACAAGGAAAAAAUAUUUAACCUGUCCUGUAAUGGAUUCAGUCGCUAUUUGUAUGUAACAUAGCCAAUCAUCACUGAUGAAGCCAAGUGAAGGUAACUGUCUAAAACCAGAAAUUCUCAUCAUAAAUCAUUGAAAUAUUAGCGGCUGAUACCUUGCAGUGUGGAAAGGUUGUUAGUACUGCUAAGAAUCAACAUUAACAGCUCUGUAUUGCUUUCAGCUGCUUUGAACAUAUUGUUUGGUUCACUUGUCCCAUCAUACCUUUCCUCGGGGUGAAUUUUGCUGAUGUAGCUCACACAAACUAGUUUAUACUACCUGUGCAGAGCCAAUUUGAAGGUUGAUGGUGAAGUAGCCAAGUGGCUACACUUUCAAAAAAAGACACAAGAAUUGUACAUUUUGGAGAAAAACAGCUCACAGCCAUUCUUGGCAAGGUUUUUAUUUGUACCUUUACCAUUUGAACCAAAAGUGCAUCUGUGCAACCCAACUUAAUCAUUUAUAUUCACCUUUAAACAAAACAUUCCUCUUAUAACACAGUGCUGCAGUGCACAUAGACAGAAUUGUGUUUAAUAGAGCUGAGCUGAAUGCUGCUGGGGCUUGAUCCCAGUUACCUCCGAUUAUUGUAGGGUGUUUUCAAGCAAGGGGUCAGACUGACAGUGCAUUUUAGCAUCGUGAUAAUUUGAAUUCCAAACAAAAAAGUUUCUGCACUAUUAUGUACCAGCCCUGAAUAUUAAGCUCCUGCAUUCUGAUAUCAAGCUGGACAAUAUCACGGUUGUUUAACCCUCCCUGUUAGCCCUUCAAGGUGAAAUAAAUUGAUUUUGCCACUGAAGUCUUCAGUGAGAUAGGCAUUCAGCCUCUUUCUAAAAGGUGGGUUCAGUGGUCAACCUGAACUUGUGUUUGCAGCCUUGUGUUUCUGCUAAGUAAUGUGGUAGUGCUUGGCUACCACUCCCCUCAGCCCUAGAUAUGAAGGGGCCUCAGCUGCAUCCUUGCAUUUUUAUACCUUGCUGACAGCCUACGUAUUUGCUGGAAAGACUGAAUAUGAACUGAUGAGUAAUCUAAUAAUAUAUGCUAAAUAGUAAAUGGACUGCACUUAUAUAGCGCUUUUCUACCUUAAUGGACAAAGUGCUUUACAGUUUUUGCCUCUCAUUCAUCCAUUCAAACACACACUCACACACUGAUGGUGGCAGAGCUGCCAUGCAAGGUGCUGGCCUGACCACUGGCAGCAACUUCUUGCUCAAAGACACUCCGACACAUGGACAGGAAGAGCCAGGGAUCAAACCUGCCCGGAAGCUUGAAGAUAAUGUAAUGGUGUUCUGCUUCACCCCAUCUUGAAAAUGUAUUUUCUGAUUGCAAAAGCUCUUUUAAAUGAUUAUAUUUAACUACUAGUGCAUUUUCUGUCCCUUAGGAAUUUUCAUAUUAUGAAGCAGUUAUUGGUUUUCUUAUUAGUUUUUUUUUUUUGGAGAUAAUUGUAUUUGAAGUGGCAUUACAACACCCUUAAAUGUCUAUUUUAAUCCUUAAAUAACCUGUAGUACCCUGAACAGCAAUGGACUUGUGAAUUAGUGUUUAUAGCAAUCUCUCUGCCUCCCUCCCUCCCUCUCUCUCUCUCUCUCUCUCUCUCUCUCUCUCUCCCUUUCCAGCCUGUUAGUCAAGGCGUUUGCUAUCAUCAAGUCCAACAGUGACUGUAGCAGAAGAAUGAGUCUAUGUUUGCUUUUCCUGAUAUUCUUCCCUCCCCUUCAGCCUGUGCCAAAACAGCAGUAGUAAUAAGCACUAUAUUAAAGAACCUUUGUGCUUGACGUGCUCAGUUCACUUUGUGUCCAAGCCAUCUGUAUUCGAGCACUCAGCAGAUUGUGUGCCACAUCUUUGGGGUGUUUGGUGCUUGUUUUUUUGCAUCCUCUGAAACAGCACCAUGAACUGGGCCUUCCUUGAGGGCCUCCUGAAUGGGGUGAACAAGUACUCCACAGCGUUUGGUCGCAUCUGGCUCGCCAUCGUUUUCAUUUUCAGGCUCCUGGUCUUCCUGGUGGCCUGUGAGAAGGUCUGGGGUGACGAGCAGAAGAACUUUGACUGCGACACCCGCCAGCCCGGUUGUCAAAAUGUCUGCUAUGACCACUACUUCCCCAUCGCCUACACCCGACUCUGGGCUCUCCAGCUGAUCUUUGUCACCUGCCCGUCCCUUCUUGUGACACUCCAUGUGGGCUACCGAGAAGAACGGGAGCGCAAACACCAGCUGAAGUACGGCAAGGGUUGCACCCCUCUCUACGAUGGAAACACUGGAAAGAAGCGAGGGGGGCUUUGGUGGACCUACUUCCUUAGCUUGAUUUUCAAGAUAACGGUGGACGCUGUGUUUGUCUUCCUUCUUUUCUACAUUUAUGAGGCCACCUUCUUCCCACCUUUGGUGAAAUGCAGCGAGCUGCCAUGUCCCAAUGUGGUGAACUGCUACAUUGCUAGGCCCACAGAGAAGAAACUAUUCACCAUCUUCAUGGUGGUGACCAGCUUCGUGUGCAUCUUCCUCACCUUCUGCGAGAUCCUCUAUCUGUGCGGGAAGAGGGUCGUGGAGCGCUGUGGAGGAGGACCCCGUUCCGUGAGAGAAAAUUCCUUCAUGAUGACCAGAACUCCUCUGACUGGGAAGGAGAAUUCAGCAUACAAGGAGCCUGUCCCGGAGAAGGCCAAGAUGAUGGACAACAGCAAUGGAGACACAGGCAAAGACGGUCCAGCCCCAGUGUACAGCAUAGCAGUCUCCUGAGAGACAUGAUGAGACAUGAGAGAACAAAAUAAACUCUUUGGUAGCUUUUCUACUGUCAGCCAGAAUUAUCUGUAAAAGGUUAGCAGUUUAAAGGAAAUUUUGUUUACAAAGGUCAUUUUUAAAAACAAUUUUACAUUAAAACCAUGUAAUGUUUUUAUCCCUUAAUUUUGUUAAGCUGAACAUGUAUGUAAUGCUUUUUGUAAGCUUCUGAUCUGACAUGCAAUGCCUGAUGUGCAGAAGAUUAUUUGCUGUACUUUGACUAUUUAUGUUAUUAUUUGUUACAUUUUUUGUUGCCUGUUUCUUGAAUAUCAUAGCCACAAAACAAAAUUGUUCGAUUUGUGUGAACAUAAAUCAGACUGGAAAUUAUGCAGAGCUGUAUAUGAGCACAUAUAAUGUCCUGAACCUGUCCCAUUAUCAAAGA